UGGCACCCGUCUUCUUGUUUCUCUCCUUCAUCCUUUUGAUCGGAACCGGCCUCCCGUCGAUGGAGGCCCGUUACCGUCAUCGGAGGGAUAAAGGCGAUGUAUCUUCUCUGGUUAGUGAAGAGCUCUUUAAGACAAUAUUUCUACACAAAGACGACAGUGUAUGUCCAGCGAACGGAUUCUACCCUUACCAAGCUUUCAUUGAAGCAACGAGAAUGUUUCCAAAAUUUGGAAGGACAGGAUGCUUGGCCACUCGCAAGCGUGAGAUAGCGGCGUUUUUGGCUCAGAUCUCGCACGAGACGACGGGCGGGUGGGCUACUGCCCCAGAUGGACCUUUUGCUUGGGGGUUGUGCUUUAAAGAGGAAAUAAGUCCACAGAGCAACUACUGCGAUGAAAGUGACCAACAAUGGCCUUGCUAUCCUGGCAAGUCCUAUAAAGGAAGAGGACCUAUUCAGCUAUCAUGGAAUUUCAAUUACGGGCUAGCGGGGGAAGCACUGGGAUUCGACGGGCUGAGGAACCCAGAGAUAGUGGCGGAGGACUCGGCAAUCGCAUUCCAGACUGCGCUGUGGUUCUGGAUGACGGAGCGCAACCCAAAGCCCUCGUGCCACGAUGUCAUGGUCGGUCGAUACGUUCCCACAAAGGCCGACAUACAAGCCAACCGAACUGCAGGCUACGGCCUCGUCACCAACAUCAUCAAUGGCGGACUCGAGUGUGGGAUUCCCGACGAUGCCCGAGUCAAUGACCGUAUCGGCUUCUUCAAAAGAUAUGCUCAACUCUUCAAUGUCGAUACUGGCCCCAAUUUGGAUUGCCAGAAUCAGAAGUCUUUUUAGUUUUCCCUAUGAUGAUUGAAUUUGCAUGAAUAAAAGAGUUCUCACUCAUAUUCACUUUUUCUUUUUA